UGGACAUUGCCUCGAUCGUACCCGUCCAUCGCCCCGUCGCAGCCGAUCGCAGACUCUGCACGCUCGCUCUCUCGCCUUCCUCAACCCAGAUCCAGCGCAUCCAACAUGGACAAGAUCUUUGCCUACAUCUCCCAGAACCAAGACUCGUACAUCAAGCGCCUUGCUGAAGUUGUGGCCAUUCCGUCGGUCUCGGGCGACGCCAAGCACCGCCAGGAUGUCGUCCGCAUGGGCGAGUGGCUCGUCCAAGAAAUGACCCGCUUGAACGUCAGCACCAAGAUCCACCACCCUGGAAAGCAGGUUCUCGAUGGCGUCGAGCUCGACCUCCCCCCUGUUGUCCUCGGCACCUACGGCACUGAUCCCGCCAAGCGGACCGUGCUUGUCUACGGUCACUACGAUGUCCAGCCGGCCCUCAAGUCCGACGGCUGGACCCACGACCCUUUCACACUCGUCGAGGACGAGCAGGGCCGACUCUUUGGCCGUGGCAGCACCGACGACAAGGCCCCCAUUAUUUCCUGGCUCUGGGUCAUUGAGGCUCAUCAGAAGCUCAACAUCGACCUCCCUGUUAACAUCAAGAUGUGCUUUGAGGGAAUGGAAGAGUCUGGUAGCGAGGGUCUGGACGACAUCAUCUACAAGGAGGCCAAGGACUACUUUGCCACUGUCGACUGCGUUUGCAUCAGUGACAACUACUGGCUCGGUACCAAGAAGCCUUGCGUUACUUACGGACUGCGAGGCAUCUCAUACUUUACUCUUGAAAUCAGCGGUCCGGGCCGCGAUCUGCACUCUGGUGUCUUUGGUGGAACGGUCCAUGAGCCCAUGACCGACCUGGUUUACCUGAUGAGCAAGCUUGUUUCGCCAAACGGCAAGAUUCUCAUUCCCGGCAUCUAUGACGAAGUCGCCCCCGUCACUGAUGAUGAGCACAAGCUCUACACCGAUCUGGAUUUCAGUGUCAAGGACAUCCACCAGGCCAUCGAUGCCACCAACACCAUCCACGAGAACAAGCAGGAUAUCCUCAUGCAUCGAUGGAGAUUCCCCACGCUCUCUCUCCACGGCAUCGAAGGUGCCUUCUAUGGCGCCGGAGCCAAGACGGUCAUUCCCGCCAAGGUCAUCGGCAAGUUCUCUAUCCGCUCGGUGCCCAACCAAAAGCCCGAAACCAUCAAGGCCCUGGUCACUUCGUUCAUCCAACAGGAGUUUGCCAAGCUGAACUCCAAGAAUAAGAUCACCAUCACCGAGCUCUCGGCCGGCCCUGCCUGGGUCGCCGAUGUCAAGCACUACAACUUCCGCGCUGCCUCCAAGGCGAUCGAGACUGUCUUUGGCAUCACCCCCGACUACACUCGUGAGGGCGGCUCCAUUCCCGUCACCCUGACAUUCCAGGAGGCCCUUGGCAAGAACGUCCUGCUUCUGCCCAUGGGCCGUGCCGAUGACGGCGCCCACUCCAUCAACGAGAAGAUUGAUCGCAGCAACUACAUCGAAGGAAUCAAGCUUUUGACCAGCUAUCUACAUGAGAUCUCCCAUGCUCAGUAGGCCGUCGCACCAUUUUUAGCCAAGCCAGACUUUUGCUUGGCACCAGAUCAGCACCGAAAGGCAGAACGUAUUUGUGCCGCGUUAUGGAGCAUCCCCUGCCCUUGGCCACGUUGAAGUUUGGUCGUCUCGGAAUAUCAAAUACACAUGAGUGCUCCACAUAAAUAGAGUCGGGCGCAUGGACCCACGGUAGCGCUGA